ACGUAUAAAUGACACGCGAUAAAUCAUUUCUGACAUUCAUAAAACAUGCUUAUUGUACAUCACUUAUACUGACUCGUACUCCAGAUACAUUUAAGUAGUUUGUGUGUAUUUUAUAAUAUAAUUUCGAAGCAGGGUAAAGGAUUAUGUUGAACGAUUUGUUUGUAGUUCUUUUGAAAUCAGAAGUAUGAGAAAAGUGAAAUGUGUGACUGACGAAGAAAUGAAAACAUGAUCACACGUGGAUACAAUAUAAAACUACAAACAAAUCACUGGGACAUCGUUGGAUAAAAGUGAUAUUCCAUAAAUUGUUGGCCGAUCAGACUGGUAAGACAGUACCUGAACUGUGAUAAAGACUUAAUAACUUCAUUUUUGAUUUAUGACUUUAGAUUAUUUAGAUACAACAGGCGGCAUCGUAGCACUACACAAGCACCAGUGAUUGAUUGUCAACUUAUAAUUAAAUACUAUGAACUGGGUUAACUAAUCUAAUCUAAAGUCAUUAAUUAAUACAGCAAGACUGAAUUAAAGGAAAUUCGUCAACACGGAAUUACCUUGAAGUGGAGCAGGAAAAUCUGAUAUUGUUAGAAAUCGGCAGACACAUUUUUGACUAAAGGAAAGAUGGCACACUGUAAUAUGUAUGAUAAAGUAUUGGAAGUAUUACGUCAACCCACAGCGGAUCGAAAGGAUUUCGAAAUCAACUCAGUCCUUCCCUGGUUUAGGAAGAAAUCUGAUCUGUUCUCAAAGCUAAAAACAGGAUUUCUCGUUGAUAUUAUAAAGUGUUGCAGCCUGGAGACGAGAGAGAGGGAUGAUAUACUUAUAAAACAAGGCGACAGAGGUGACUGCUUCUACAUAUGCCUGAGUGGUAAGGUGACGAUAUACAUCAAUUAUGCGAACAAAGAAGAGAAACAACAACGUGCAACAGAUGAUGCUGAUGGAGAAGAAGACACAAAAAUUGUUACACAACAUCCAAAAAAGGUCACAGACAGAUCUAAACUUGGAACAUUUGUCAUAACUCUAGGUGCUGGGGCGACAUUUGGAGAAGUUGCCCUCAUCACGGAAGACAGCGUCAGAACAGCAAGUAUCGUAUGCGAUGAACAUACUGACGUCAUCGUUAUAGACCGGAAUCUCUAUAACAGAUCUGUGAAAUAUGUUCUAGAAAAGGAAUUCGAAGAAAAAACUAAUUUUAUCAAAUCGAAUCCUUUCUUUCAAAACUGGGCACCGAAGUAUAAGAAACAGUUGGCUAUGGCUUUUGAAACGAUCAAGUUUCCAUACGAGUCUGCCAUAAUUAAACAGGGUAACCACGUUGAUGCCAUCUAUUUUAUUCUAAGAGGUGAAGUAAAGAUGGUAGUUGAUACAACCAUGCACCAUGUACAAUAUCCCAAGCUAUGUCCUCAUGAGGACGCAGCUCUGGACACUCACAAUGGCACGUCGCCUGGGUCUCCGUCCAUCCACAGGCGGGUAAUGUCGGGUGAGUCAACAGGUUCAGACUCUCCCAACCUCUCCAUAUACAGACGAAAGAUUGGCAAGAAACCAUUAGUCGAUGUUUGUUACCUUGGUGUAAAUGAAUGCAUUGGAGACACAGAGGUACUAUUAGAAAUGCCCACAUUCUUCCACAGUGCAAUAUGUACGCAGGAAACCGAGGUGCUAAUGCUGGAGACAAAACAUUACGAGCGUCUCCUGGUGAAACGUAAUCCACAGGCCAUAACUGCUAUGACAGAUAGCCUCGAGUUGAAACUACAACACAGAAUCAACGAGAAAGUUCUUCUGUCGCAAUUGCUCUAUCAUAAAACCAAGGAAAUAAAUGAUGAAGUGAGACGACAAAGCCAGGCAAGGAGAGUCGACCAUAAAAAGCAUCCUAAAGCACAUAUCGGCUCUGAUGCGUUCAUUCCUACGACAGGACCCCUUGUAGAUAUGUAUGGCCCAGGGACGGUAUUCCACAGAAUACGACAACGGGAACACUCAAAGCAGGCCAAACUAAAGAAAGACAGGGAGAGCGGACACAAUUAAAACCAGGGGCAAAAAUAGUGAUCAGACCGAAAAGAAAAGUAAAGUUAAAAACAUGAACACUUCCGGCUAUGUCAACAAAUGAAUGAAUCACUCUUACAAUGGAAGGCGAUUGUAGCUGCGCUUUGGAUAACACCAAUCAACGUGAACAGUGCCAUAUCAGACAUGACUAAUAGUACCCAUGCAAUCUAUAUUGAUUUGUCAGCAAAAAUAACAAAAUCAUAGCAGUGUAGUCGUUAAUCUUUUAUGAGCUACGUAAUUUCCAGUUCCUUCGAAACUAUAUUUAACAUGUAUAUUAUGAAAUAAAUAAGACAAGUAUAAU